UAAACAGCGUUCACAAUAUGGAUAGAAGGACUUCCAGUAGAGCUCUUUUUAAUGCCGUGUGUGCAAACGAUGUAAAUAAGGCAUCGGCGGCUCUCAAGAAAGGAGCAGAUGUAAAUGUAGUGGGAGACGGAGGAGUGUAUGGUCGUGCGUGUGGUAUUCCAUCAGCGUUGCAAGUAGCAUGUGCUGAUUCAUGGAUUGAGAUGGUAGACUUGCUGCUACAACAUCAAGCAAACAUAAACUAUCAUGAGGAAUUGGGUGGACAGACAGCUCUACAUUAUGCUUGUUGGUAUGGUGAUUUGUCUGUUGUGGAGAAAUUAUUGGCAGCAGGUUGUAACAAAGAAGCAAGGGAUAAUGUGAGUGUGUUUGCUUGUGACAUUAUUUGUGUUUUUUAUUUUGUGAAUUGUAAGGCUGGUAUAAUUGUUACUUGGUCUAUUAGUUGAUGUAAUUGAGUGAAGUGUGCAAGUUUGAUUAGAAAGAACAAUAAGGCCAAUGCAUGUAGGUUACAACAAAACAAUGAAGCAACGAGAGAGAAUAUUGGUGAAAGUGUUGUAACAGUAAGAAUUAACUGGAGAGAAUAGAAGAGAGACGAGUGUUAGUGGAUGAGUGAGAGAGAAAAAGAAAAAUAUUUGAAAUUUCCAGUAGUAAUAUUGUGAAGCCCAACACACAUUAGUAGUCACAAGUCAUUCACAUUCAUAUUUGCAUACCAAUUGAGUGU